GCCCCGCGGCGGGGAGGGACCCACUGGGCGAGUGGAGGCUCCGGCGGUGUCAAUGGCUCCUCCUGCCACGGAGCAGCAGCAGAAGCAGCGGCUACGGGGUUGAGGAGGAGGAGGAGGAGGAAAGGUUCCUUUAAGGAGGAGGAACGACGACGCCUCUUUUUCCCUCUAUCUCCUCCCUUCACACUCAUUUCCCCUUCGCCGAGGAGAGAAGGGGGGGAGGAGAGAGAAGAGGCCGAAGAAAGAGAGAAAAAAUUCCUCACAGAAAUCUCUUUCAGGGGGUGUGGGGGGAGGAAGAGGAAAAAAAAGAGCUGGGCGCCCCCUGCUCCCUCCCUCCCUUCUCUCCCUCUCUUCUCCUCCUUCUCCCUUCCUCGCCCGCCCGCCCACUCCCCCCGCCGCCUGAGACGCCGCUCGGGAGUCGGCGGGACCGGAGUCUGUCUCCUCACCCGCCGACGCCGCGCUUCGCCUCGGGAUCCCCAGGCGGGCGGACGCCCUUUCUUUCUUUCUCUCUCUCUGCCCGUCUUUCUGUCUCCGUCCCUCGCGGCCGCCCCGCCCGGCGGUCUCGGCCUUCCCCGUGCGUCAGGCCCUCCCGCCCGGCCUCGCUCGGUCUCUGUCUCCGCCGGCCUUUCUCUUGAAUCGGGGUCUCGUUCACCCCCUCCGCCCUUCCCAUCUCCCCUUCCCCUCGCCCCCUUUCCUUCCUCCCCCUCCCCACCCCCUUCUCCUGCCCCGCAGCUCGUAGUGCGUGUGUGUGUGUGUCCCUCCGCCAACGCCGCCACCUCAGCCCGGCAAAUGAACUCCGUCCGAGCCGCCAACCGGAGACCCAGGCGAGUGUCGCGGCCGCGCCCGGUGCAGCAACAGCAGCAGCAGCCCCCGCAGCAGCCGCCGCCGCAGCCGCCCCAGCAGCAGCCGCAGCAGCAGCCUCCGCCGCCGCCGCAGCAGCAGCAGCCUCCGCCGCCGCCACCGCCGCCUCCGCCGCUGCCCCAGGAGCGGAACAACGCCGGCGAGCGGGAUGAUGAUGUACCUGCAGAUAUGGUUGCUGAAGAAUCAGGUCCUGGUGCACAAAAUAGUCCAUACCAACUUCGUAGAAAAACUCUUUUGCCAAAAAGAACAGCGUGUCCUACAAAGAGCAGUAUGGAGGGUGCCUCAACUUCAACUACAGAAAACUUUGGUCAUCGUGCAAAACGUGCAAGAGUAUCUGGAAAAUCACAAGAUCUAUCUGCGGCACCUGCUGAACAGUAUCUUCAGGAGAAACUGCCAGAUGAAGUGGUUCUAAAAAUCUUCUCUUACUUGCUGGAACAGGAUCUUUGUAGAGCAGCUUGUGUGUGUAAACGCUUCAGUGAGCUUGCUAAUGAUCCAAUUUUGUGGAAACGAUUAUACAUGGAAGUUUUCGAAUAUACUCGCCCUAUGAUGCAUCCUGAACCUGGCAAAUUCUACCAGAUUAAUCCAGAAGAAUAUGAACAUCCAAAUCCUUGGAAAGAGAGUUUCCAGCAGUUGUAUAAAGGUGCACAUGUAAAGCCAGGAUUUGCUGAACAUUUCUACAGUAAUCCUGCAAGAUAUAAAGGAAGAGAAAAUAUGUUGUAUUAUGAUACAAUUGAAGAUGCCCUUGGUGGGGUACAAGAAGCUCAUUUUGAUGGACUUAUCUUUGUUCAUUCUGGAAUAUACACUGAUGAAUGGAUAUAUAUUGAAUCUCCAAUCACCAUGAUUGGUGCAGCACCUGGAAAAGUAGCAGACAAAGUUAUAAUUGAAAACACUAGAGAUUCAACCUUCGUCUUUAUGGAAGGUUCUGAGGAUGCUUAUGUUGGAUAUAUGACAAUAAGGUUUAACCCUGAUGACAAAUCUGCUCAACACCAUAAUGCACACCACUGCUUAGAGAUUACAGUAAAUUGUAGCCCUAUUAUUGAUCACUGUAUCAUCCGAAGUACAUGUACAGUUGGCUCAGCAGUAUGUGUUAGUGGUCAAGGAGCAUGUCCCACUAUCAAGCACUGUAACAUCAGUGACUGUGAAAAUGUUGGACUUUAUAUAACAGAUCAUGCACAGGGAAUAUAUGAGGAUAAUGAAAUUUCCAAUAAUGCUUUAGCUGGGAUUUGGGUUAAAAAUCAUGGAAACCCAAUUAUUAGACGGAAUCAUAUCCAUCAUGGACGUGAUGUUGGUGUGUUCACAUUUGAUCAUGGCAUGGGUUACUUUGAAAGUUGCAACAUACACAGAAACAGAAUAGCAGGCUUUGAAGUAAAAGCCUAUGCUAACCCCACGGUGGUUCGAUGUGAAAUUCAUCAUGGGCAAACUGGAGGAAUAUAUGUGCAUGAGAAAGGAAGAGGACAAUUCAUAGAGAAUAAAAUCUAUGCAAACAACUUUGCAGGUGUAUGGAUUACCUCAAAUAGUGACCCAACAAUAAGGGGAAAUUCUAUAUUUAAUGGAAAUCAAGGGGGAGUUUACAUCUUUGGUGAUGGACGAGGCCUUAUUGAAGGAAAUGACAUUUAUGGCAAUGCACUAGCAGGAAUUCAGAUUAGGACAAACAGUUGUCCAAUUGUUCGACAUAACAAAAUUCAUGAUGGCCAGCAUGGUGGGAUUUAUGUGCAUGAGAAAGGACAAGGAGUAAUAGAAGAGAAUGAAGUUUAUAGUAAUACUCUGGCUGGGGUCUGGGUGACAACUGGCAGCACUCCAGUACUGAGAAGAAACAGGAUACAUAGUGGAAAGCAGGUUGGCGUUUAUUUUUAUGACAAUGGACAUGGAGUGCUAGAGGACAAUGAUAUCUAUAAUCAUAUGUAUUCAGGGGUUCAGAUAAGGACUGGAAGCAACCCCAAAAUUAGACGUAACAAAAUUUGGGGAGGACAGAAUGGUGGAAUUCUUGUUUAUAAUUCUGGUCUAGGCUGUAUAGAAGACAAUGAAAUAUUUGACAAUGCAAUGGCUGGAGUCUGGAUUAAGACAGAUAGUAAUCCUACACUAAGAAGAAAUAAAAUCCAUGAUGGAAGAGAUGGUGGCAUCUGUAUAUUUAAUGGGGGUCGAGGUCUCCUUGAGGAAAAUGACAUUUUCAGGAAUGCUCAAGCAGGUGUUCUCAUCAGCACUAAUAGUCAUCCAGUCUUAAGGAAAAACAGAAUAUUUGAUGGAUUUGCUGCAGGUAUUGAAAUUACAAAUCAUGCGACUGCAACACUAGAAGGCAAUCAGAUUUUUAACAACCGGUUUGGAGGCUUAUUUUUAGCAUCUGGUGUUAAUGUGACAAUGAAAGACAACAAAAUAAUGAACAAUCAAGAUGCCAUAGAAAAGGCUGUUAGUAGAGGCCAAUGUUUAUAUAAGAUAUCAAGUUAUACCAGCUAUCCCAUGCAUGAUUUCUACAGAUGUCACACUUGUAACACCACAGAUCGAAAUGCCAUAUGUGUGAACUGCAUUAAGAAGUGCCAUCAGGGACAUGAUGUAGAAUUUAUUAGACAUGAUAGGUUUUUCUGUGACUGUGGUGCUGGAACACUGUCUAAUCCUUGUACAUUAGCUGGUGAGCCUACACAUGAUACAGAUACACUAUAUGACUCUGCUCCACCUAUAGAAUCUAAUACAUUGCAGCACAACUGAAUUCCUUCCCUAAAGAAAAAGUCCUGCCAUUCUAACAUCAUAACUUAAAACAUUUUUUUUGGAAGAAGAUUUAAAAUAUUUGCCCAUGCUACAGGAAGAGACUGUAUUAAAAAUGGAUACACGAGGUCAGUUGACACUAUGAAGCUCAAGCUACCAAAAAGAAAGUGGCAAUAUAUUGACUCAGGAUCUCAAAGCUGGGUGUUUUAGCAUUACUGUGUAAAGACUUUUGAAGGGACAGAAGUGAAGAAAUAAGCUGCAAUUUUGUACAGAUACCAACUUCUCAAAAAAAGCUGGUGUUUUUACAACUAGCAUUGAAUGCAGUCCAAUUUGCAGUAGUACUCUUCAAUAGACAAGCAGCUUUGUUGCUGCCUUUAUGGACAUGGGUACCAAUUGCUUUUGUAAUAUGGUAAAAAUGUGAGCUAGCACUUCUGCGUUUCUUUUGAUUUUUUUUUUUAACAUGUAUUCAGAUUGAGAAAUAUGAUUUUAAUGCUUUAAUCUCAUGUAGUUUGUUUUUAAUUUCAAGCAAAUCUUCUUGUACUUGAAUGUGCCCUGUUUUGUUAGCACACCUAGACUUGCUGUAACUGUACUCAUGUCCCAGUAUGUACGUUCUUUCUAUGAAAGAGAAAACACUAAUCUUAAAUUAUAUCCAGCAAUGUUUCUGGUAUCCUUUAAGAAAAGUUAAGACUAUUAUUUCCUUCCCUUCCCUGUGCAGCAUUCAAAAAUCACCCCUAGAAAGUGAGUGUUUUAAUGAGACUUCCUAGGAAGGGAUGCACUGUAAAACAAAAGUAUUCUUGUAACUCAGUUUUGUGAAAGGUAAAAACUACUAUGUUUUAAAGUACACUUUAGAAAGUCUCUUCAAAACAGUCCUGUAUUUGAACUCUGUUCAUAGUUUUUUUUUGAACAGUUUAGACAAACUGCUGGAAAUUAAAAACAAUUUCCUGCAUUAAGCUGAGACAAGUAUAUAUACAGCCCUAUACAGUUUCAUAGCUCCCCCUCCCCCAUUUAUGUGUAUUGGUGACAGUGGGUAUAAACAGCCUGAAAGUGUAUGCAUGUACCAUAACAUCUAGACUUAAUAUAUUGUGGAGUAUUCAAUAACCAUUAUGUAGAAGGUAGAUAAGAAUUAAAAGGGUUUAAUUUCCUAGAAAGAAAAUGGAAAAAUGGUCAUUUUUAAAAAAUAAAGUUUAUUAGAUCAUAA